AUGGCAGUACCGUUUCGCCUCGCGCACAGCGCGAAACGUUUGUGCCUGCGACCCUCCUUCCAAAGUGCCCUUCGCACACCCCUCUUGAGCCGAGCCGCAUCCACUACCCCCCGAAGAUAUGCACAACCUACCGAGGAUGCGCCACUGACAAUGAAGAUAACCGAGACUGAUCAGUCCUUCACGAAGAAUCUGGCCGACGAAGAUCAGAAGCCAAACAAGGUCCCGGACACUAGCUUGGGCGAUGAGUACGAGUCUCGCAAAGUUCGCCACUAUACCGUCAACUUUGGCCCUCAACAUCCCGCUGCGCACGGUGUAUUGCGAUUGAUCUUGGAGCUCAAUGGUGAGGAGAUCAUCCGUGCGGAUCCCCACGUUGGUCUCCUGCAUCGCGGCACAGAGAAGUUGAUUGAAUACAAGACAUAUCUCCAGGCCUUGCCCUACUUCGACCGUCUCGACUAUGUCUCUAUGAUGACCAACGAGCAAUGUUUCUCCUUGGCCGUCGAGAAGCUUCUCAAUAUUGAGGUUCCUGAGAGAGCUCAGUGGAUUCGCACACUGUUUGGCGAGAUUACCAGAAUUCUCAAUCACUUGAUGUCGAUUCUCUCGCAUGCUAUGGAUGUUGGUGCUCUGACGCCUUUCUUGUGGGGCUUCGAGGAGCGUGAGAAGCUGAUGGAAUUCUACGAACGUGUGUCCGGUGCUCGCCUGCACGCAGCUUACGUCCGACCGGGUGGUGUUAGCCAGGACCUUCCACUUGGACUUCUGGAUGACAUUUAUGCCUGGGCUACGCAAUUCGGCGACCGUAUCGAUGAAACCGAGGAACUUCUCACAGACAACCGUAUCUGGAUCGGUCGGACGAAAGGCAUUGGUGUCGUUACGGCAGCUGAGGCUCUCAACCUGUCCUUCUCCGGAGUCAUGCUCCGCGGAUCCGGUGUGCCCUGGGAUAUCCGCAAGAGCCAGCCAUAUGACGCCUAUGACAAGGUCGAGUUUGAUGUACCUGUCGGUAUCAACGGUGAUUGCUAUGACCGGUACCUCUGCCGAAUGGAGGAGUUCAGACAGUCAUUGCGCAUCAUCCACCAAUGUCUGAACAAGAUGCCGCCUGGGCCAGUUAAGAUGGAGGACUACAAGAUCUCACCGCCGCCAAGAGCUGCCAUGAAGGAAAAUAUGGAGGCUCUCAUCCACCACUUUCUACUCUACACCAAGGGUUACACUGUGCCCCCUGGCGAUACCUACAGUGCGAUCGAAGCUCCAAAGGGUGAGAUGGGUGUCUAUGUUGUGAGCGAUGGUAGCGAGAGGCCCUACAGAUGCAAAAUUCGAGCACCAGGUUUUGCUCAUUUGGCAGGAUUCGACCAGGUGAGCAGGGGCCAUCUCCUUGCUGAUGCCGUCGCCAUCAUAGGAACCAUGGACCUAGUCUUCGGAGAGGUUGAUAGGUAG